AUGGCCGACAAUGCUGUGUCGUCCGAUCAAACAGUGCACGAUUGUGAAAUAUAUAUAUCUAAACAUGAUAUACAACAUAUAUUACGUGAUUGUGUAGUUCAAUUAUGUUUAAAAAAACCUACUAAUCCAAUUGAAUUUCUUGCUAAUUAUUUCGAUAAACUUUCAAAUAAAAAAUCUUCUAUGCGUCAACAACAAACAACAUCCUCUUCCUCAACUGAAUAUCAUCAUCAAGUAUCAAAUGGUGAAAAUGAUGAUAAUAAUGAUUUAAAUGAGCCGCCAACCAUACUUCAUCAAAAUCAAUUAACGACGAAUGCUAGUGUAAAAACACGUGAACGUCGUGGUGCAGUAUCAGCUGAACCUUACAAAGAAGAAGAUGCUACAUCAUAUGUUAAAACAGUUAUACCAAAAGAUUAUGCAACAAUGCAAGCAUUAAGUAAAGCUAUUCAAACAAAUUUAUUAUUUUCACAUUUAGAUGAUAAUGAAAAAUCGGAUAUAUUUGAUGCUAUGCAACCAUUUAAUUAUAAAGCCGAUGAUACUAUAAUACAACAAGGUGAAGAAGGAGACUUUUUUUAUAUUAUUGACCUAGGUGAAGUUGAAGUAUAUGUUAAUAAUAAAUGUGUGACAGCUAUAUCAGAUGGAGGAAGUUUUGGUGAAUUAGCUUUAAUUUAUGGAACACCACGUGCAGCAACAAUUAAAGCUAAAACAGAUUGUAAAUUAUGGGCUAUUGAUAGAAAAACUUAUCGACGUAUUUUAAUGGGUUCAACAAUAAAAAAACGUAAAAUGUAUGAAGAAUUCUUAUCGAAAGUUAAAAUUCUCCAUGAACUUGAUCAAUGGGAACGUUUAACGGUUGCCGAUGCUCUUGAAACUGUACAAUUCAAUGAUAAUGAUACUAUUGUUACACAAGGUGAAAAAGGAAAUGAUUUUUUCAUUAUUGUCGAAGGUACAGCGAUCGUAUAUCAAAAACCAUCCGAUGAUGAAGCAGCGGUUGAAGUAUCAAAAUUAGGUCCAUCAGAUUAUUUUGGUGAAAUAGCUUUAUUAUUUGAUCGACCACGUGCAGCAACCGUUAAAGCAAAAGGACCUUUAAAAUGUGUAAAACUAGAUCGUGGUCGAUUCGAACGUGUACUUGGACCUAUAUCGGAUAUACUUAAACGAAAUGUUGCACAAUAUAAUUCUUUUAUUAAUCUAGCUGUUUAA